UCGGGUGUGUGAGGAAGACGUCAGUGCUCAGUGCGCAUGCUCAGUGCGGUGACGCCGCGGCUGCGCGCGUGUGAGUGUGUGUGUGUGUGCGCGAGAGCGAGCGGCGCAUUAUUUUGGCAGCGGAGCGGCGCGAGCGAAAGGGAUUCCCGGGAUUAACCGAGUGAAUUACCGGCCGAACCGCCCGGAAGAGCCGCGGUGAGAAGAACAGCGACCCGCGAGACCCGGUGCGGUGAUGUCUGAGGACACGGUGAGGCAGACGCGCAGUCAGAAGCGUGCUCUAGAGCGGGACUCUCAAGCCGCAGACGUUAAGCGGCUGAAGCUGGAUGGCGUCGAGCGUUCCCGAUCAGAGACAGCUGCGGCGGUCCAGGACUCCAGCAUCCUGAAGGCCACCAUCAAAGUAGAGCUGCAGACGGGAGACGAGCCCAUGGACACAAGCAACACUGCAAUGAAGAGAGAGGCGAGCUCUCCGUCGCCUGAGGAUGUGAUCGUUCUGUCCGACGAGGCACCCAGUCCGCCGGUGAACGGAGGAAAUCACGUCAAAGAGCUGGACACGGAUCUGCUGAUGAGGAGCUCUCCAAAGGAGCGUGAGCGCGUCAUCAAGCAGCUGAAGGAGGAGCUGCGUUUAGAGGAGGCCAAACUCAUCCUGCUCAAGAAACUCAGACAGAGUCACAAACACAAAGACAAAAGCGCACAGAAGCCGGCGGCUCCUGUGUCCAGCGCUCCUCCUCCUCUAGUGAAGGGAUCUGCUGCUGGGAAAACAGCACAACCUGUGAUCUCCGCUCGGGCUUCUGGGAUGGUGAUUCCUCCUCCGCUGGUGCGCGGCGCUCAGCUGUCCAAACACGGCUUGGCCGGAGCUCAGAUCAUCCUGCCGCCGCUGGUCCGAGGAGCUCAGUCGAUCUCGGUGUCGCCGCAGCAGAUCUCCGUCCUGAGACAGCAGCAGAACUCCUCAGGGCCUCCUCCGCUGCUCCUCGCUCCCAGAGCCACGCUGAGCAGCGUCUCGGGACAGAAGAUCAUCCAGCCCGGCCUCAUACGCAUGACCUCCAUCUCCAGCACAGGCCUGCUUCUCAGCAUCAGCCAGGCCGCCGGCUCAAAGCUGAAGAGCGGCUCGAAUGCGAGUCCGUCUCCAGACAGCCGUCAGGCGGCUAAACUAGCGCUGCGCAAACAGCUGGAGAAGACGCUGCUGGAGAUCCCUCCGCCCAAACCGUCCUCGCCGCAGCUCACCUUCGUGCCGUCAGCGGCCAGUAACCAGUUCAUCUACCUGCUGGGGCUGGAGGAGGUGGUGCAGAACCUGCUGGAGUCUCUGGGCCGAGGUAAGCAGGGUCUGUACGCUGGUCUGGUGGUCAGCGCUGGAGAGCCGAGCUGCUGCUCUCAGUGUCAGACGGACUUCACCUGCCGCUGGCGCCGAGACGAGGGCGGAGCCGUCAUGUGUGAGCAGUGCAUGUCGUCCAAUCAGAAGAAGCUGCUGAAGGCCGAACACACCAAUCGGCUGAAGGCAGCGUUCGUUAAGGCUCUUCAGCAGGAGCGGGAGAUUGAUCAGCGCGUGCUGCAGCAGGCCACGCCCCCUGCCUCCUCCUCCUCUGCUCACGGGAUGAAGGCCGAUCAGGUGAAAGUGCGCUCGUCUUCAGUUCAGCAGACGCAGGGACGCCUCGGUCCGAGCGUGAGCCGGCACGCCGCAGCCGUCAGACAGGUGUCUCGCGCCGUUCCUCACUCCUUCUCCUCGUCCUCUCAGCUGCAGAACGCAGUGGCGGCCGCCGCUCUGGUCAGCAGGCCAGGUAAGCAUGCCGAGCGUCAGGGGUCAAAGGUCAGCAGCAGUGUGAGGAAACGGAGCAGCGGCGCAGCAGGCGUGACUAUGGCCUAUGUGAACCCCAGUCUGUCGGUCCAGAAGCCGUCUGCGGUGGAGCGUCACAGAGAGUUUCUGCUGGGCAUGAUCGCGUCUCGCUCCGUCUCACAGACCACAAACACCUGGAAGUAAACCCGCAGGAGUCCAGCUGCUGGAGGUUCUGGAUUCAUCUGUGUGUGCUCCGGUCGGGUCGAUCUGCCGCAGGAUCUGAGCGCUUUCUGCAGGUUUCUUCACAAGGGCUUUGAGUCUCGUCUGAUGCGGAGCGACGGCUCUGACGCGACAUCACUUCCUACAGAAAACAUGACCGAGUGACUGCUCCACGCGCUCGGUGUGCUUCUGUUACGGCUUCUCUUCAUUCAGGUUUCUUUGUGCAGUUAUACACACGUGUGUGAUUUCAGCUGAAGGAUGUGUGUGUCACGCGUGCUUGACGAAUCACGUUUGGCAGGUCUUCCACAAACAUUUAUUAUUUCAGCUCAUAGUUUCAAGUCAAACUCACUUUCUUUGAACCAUGUCGGAGUUUCGAGUCGAAGUUUCUUUUAUUUGUCAGUAUUUUCUUUUGCAGUCAGUAUGAUUAUAUCGUUUGUUUAAAUGUUUGUAUUUCCAUGCGGGCGAUUCUCUAAAUGUAAAACAUUUGAGUAAAAGAGUUUAAGUAAUAAGUAAUUGGUGUAGAAGAUCAUCAGUAUGCUCAGAUUAUGAUUUAAUGAGCUGCUGACGAUGGUGCAGAGCAUCAGUGUUUAUGAUGAUGAUGAUGAUGAUGAAGGCAGAUUGGUUUGUUAAACUGCACAUGAACAAACCUCAUCACUGUUUAUAAACAGAUAAUAUUCAUGUUUCUGGCCGUCGAACAGUUGAGGUCACUGAUGCGCUUGUUUUUGUUUUGCGGCUGUGAUGAUGAUGAUGAUGAUGUCACACCGUCGUGUUUCCAUGGUUACCGAUGCUGAUGCGUCUCCUGUGGCAUUUGCUUCCUGCAACAUGUACAAAGUUACAGUUUGUUAGAUUUAUUUGUUCCUGUAAUAAAACGUUUUAACCCUUU